AUGUCAUUUCGCGCUCUUUUUACUGGCGCAAGCGCACCAUUUUCGAGGUUUUCAUCACCAUUGCAGCGUUCUUUGGCGGUGAAUCAGCCGUUGUCAAAUAUGAACAUGGGCCAGCAGCGUUUUGCCUCGAACCUGGGACCACGACGUACUAAAUAUCGCAAGUCCCAAAAGGGUCGUGUUUCAUUUCCCACUGGUGGUUCUGUGAAGGGCACUACGGUCACCCAAGGGAUGUACGGAAUUCGUACCCUUGAGCCAUGUCGAAUUACUGCCAACCAACUAACUGCUGCGGAAACUGCCCUUAAGCGUAAGUUGAAAGUAGUACGUGGGUCUCAAGUUUUUAUGCGAGUAUUCCCCGAUGUGCCCGUAUGCGUCAAGGGAAAUGAGACUCGUAUGGGCAAGGGUAAAGGCUCUUUCGAGUAUUGGGCUUGUCGUGUGCCGGUGGGUCGUGUCCUAUUCGAGAUUGGUGGACAUGUAGAGGUCCGGGCUGAGGUUGCUAAAGAUGGUACGGGUGCUAUCCACUAA